AUUAUUCUGGUCAGAGUUCGAUCCACCCACCCCCCCAAAAAAGAACAUUUGCAUCCAUUUUAACGUGUUCCAGUAUCCCUCGUUGCGUCGUGAAUUUGAAUUCCUUUCCUCCUUCCUUCGCCGGACGAGCUCUCCAACUACCUUGAAUUUUCCUCGGAGAGCUUGUCUUGUCUGAAUUGAAUUCUCCAGCCGUUUGUAUUAAAUCAACAGAGAUCCGAUUUUCCAAGAAAAGUGGAACUUUUCAAUCAGGAAUAUCAGUUUUAUUUCUUUCUAGGGCAAAACAAAUCAGUUGGAGCUUUUGAACAUGUCUCCGGCGGCGGCGACGGCGGCGGCGGUAUCUGUUGUAGGUUCGUCACUGAUCGAUUCCAGGACAUGUCCUUGCUGGUGCUUCGACGCCGUCGCAGGCGGCGGCGACUGUGUCCAGCAGAGACCGCCGGCGGGGCGGAAGCACGUGCCUCGAUUGAGCAGCUCCUUUCUCGAUCCGUCGUCGGUGAAGGCUCUCUCCGGCGGUAAGAAUUUGAGAAAGCAGAGGAAAAGCAGGGGCUGUUUUGUGGUGGUGGAUGAACUCGCCGGACAGUAUGAGGACAACUUCGACGACAUUAAGAGACAAAUUCUCGACUACUUUACUUACAAAGCAGUUAGGACUGUGUUGCAUCAGCUCUACGAGAUGAACCCUACACAGUAUCGAUGGUUCUAUAAUUAUAUUGCUUCUAACGAGCUCGGCUACGGGAAGAGCUUCAUUCGCAACCUCGUAAAGGACAAGCAAGACCUUGCGGAACGGGUAAUGGUGACUCGGCUUCACCUCUAUGGGAAAUGGGUUAAGAAAUGCGAUCACGCGGAGAUGUACGAGAGGAUAUCGGAGCAGAAUCUAGAGCUGAUGCGCGAGCGCCUCAUCGAGACCGUGAUAUGGCCCUCCGACGACUCGAACACCAGCGUCGUCGGGUAACGGUCGGAAAAUUUAAGGAUUAUGUGUAAUUUGUUCUAUAAAAAUGGUGUCUUGCAAAAACAUUCAAUUCAUGGAUUUAGAGUAGAGCAGGGUUCGAAAGUCUGGUUAGUUCUUGCAUUUCAAUCGCUACAUUUCUUACAUUUCUAUCAUCGUACAACACCGAAUAUACUUACAGUGUUUCCAAUUUCUA